UGCCCCUCCAAUUUCCAAGACAAAACUCCACAACUACUCUAUCACCAACAUCAUGUCAGGAUCAAUUACUCUUCACCUUCGUUCCGAGUGUAAGUUUAUAAUGCCAUGGCAAUAAUGGUCAUGCAAACUACUAAUGCGAACUGUAGUGGGCAAAGCCCUAGAACACCGCUCUGCCUUGACCCCCACGACGGCAAAGGUCCUCAUUGACGCCGGAUACACGGUCAAUGUUGAGCGCAGUCCUGAGCGCAUCUUUGACGAUGAGGAGUUUGAGAAAGUUGGCGCAACUCUAAUUCCAGAAAAUACAUGGCGUGAAGCUCCAACUGACCACAUCAUUAUUGGGUUGAAGGAGCUGCCUGUGGAAGAAUGUAAGCCUGCAGAACUUCAAUUGAUAGUUCAGAUCAAAGCUGAUGUUCCUCUAGUCCCUCUCAAACAUGUUCACAUUCAGUUCGCACAUUGCUACAAAACACAAGGAGGAUGGGAAAAGGUACUCGCACGAUUUCCCCGCGGUGGUGGAACCCUUCUGGACCUCGAAUUCUUGACGGAUGAUAAGGGUCGACGUGUUGCAGCUUUCGGAUACCACGCUGGGUUUGCAGGUGCAGCUCUUGCUCUUGAGACUUGGGCGUGGCAACUUACACACCCUGCUUCAGAGCCUUUCCCAUCUGUGUCUAGCUACCCCAAUGAGGACGAGCUGAUCGCCGAUGUCAAAAAGGCAAUUGCUGCCGGAAAAGAAAAGACCGGCAAAGACCCAAGAGUUCUUGUCAUUGGUGCGUUGGGAAGAUGUGGUGGCGGAGCUGUUGACUUAUGCUUGAGAGCCGGUGUCCCAACUGAGAAUGUAUUGAAAUGGGAUAUGGCAGAGACAGCCAAGGGCGGUCCAUUUCCAGAGAUAGUUGAGAGCGACAUCUUCGUGAACUGCAUCUACCUCAUGUCAAAGAUCCCCAACUUUGUCGACAUGGGAAGCUUGGAUACCCCCGAACGCAAAUUAUCCGUCAUUUGCGAUGUCAGUGCUGAUACGACGAAUCCCAACAACCCAAUCCCGGUAUACACAGUCGCUACGACCUUUACGGAACCAACUGUACCGGUUGAGGUCAAGAGCGAACCAAAGUUGAGCGUCAUUAGCAUUGAUCAUUUACCUAGUUUGCUGCCACGAGAGGCAAGUGAGGCGUUCAGCAAGGACUUAUUGCCAAGUUUACUGCAAUUGAAAGAUUGGAAGAACACACCUGUAUGGGCGAAGGCUGAGAAGCUUUUCCAAGAAAAGGUUGCAACUCUUACAAAGAGCGCGCUUGAAGGAUAGACAUAAUUUUGUGAUAGAUAGAUACCAGCUUGCUAGCAAUUAGCAAAUCAAAAGUUCCUGAAUCUAGAGUGGUGUACUGUAAGUUCUCGUCGUCAUUUAUUUCCUAGUCAUCAGGAAGAAGGCCACUGGCUAGUUUAGCCGACGUCUUUUGAUUUACUUACUCACAACAAGAAUCCGAGAGAGAAUGGUGCACGAGAAUAGGCUUCCGAGUAUGUUACAAUUUUGUGUUAUCAAAGAUUCAG